CGUACUUCAAUUCCAUCGUCUUCUUCUUCUUCUAUUUCUAUUCAAACGCACAUGUAUAUAUGGUGUCCGUUUAUCCCAACCCGCCAACAGGUCCCGACUCCAAUUUCUACUUCUCCGGCGAUCCGAUGAAACCCGCCCUUCCGGCGACCACCAUGGAUCCAUUCUCUGUUCCGGCGGCUGAUAUUUCGAUCCCGGAUGACCUCAACAGGAAGGUCCGCAAGCCCUAUACCAUCACCAAGUCUAGGGAGAGCUGGACUGAGCUGGAGCACGACAAGUUUCUAGAAGCCCUCACUCUUUUUGACCGUGACUGGAAAAAGAUUGAAGCAUUUGUUGGAUCGAAGACGGUUAUUCAGAUACGUAGUCAUGCCCAGAAGUACUUUCUGAAGGUGCAGAAAAGUGGGGCAAGUGAUCAUGUACCUCCUCCACGUCCAAAGCGAAAAGCAUCUCGUCCAUACCCACAAAAGGCUCCAGCAGUAACUGGACCACCAUCCACUCAAAGUGAACCUGGAUAUGUGACCAGGCCGGAUCCUCUGACUGUGCCUGCAACCUCUUUAGGAAGUGCAGUCUCACGUCCUUGGACAUGCAGUAGUGUGCCUGGUUUAAGUCCAUCACCUGCACCAAAAGAUGACAUACAAUUAUUGGGUGCUAGCUGUAGUAAGGAAAGCACUCCCGGUGGUGUUUUAACUGCCAAUGAAACCAGUGAUCAAGGAAAAGACAAGCAAAACAAGGAAACCAGAGUGGUGCCGGAUUUUGCUCAAGUUUACAGUUACAUUGGCAGUAUCUUCGAUCCAAACUCAAGUGAUCACAUGCAGAAAUUAAAGCAGAUGGACCCCAUAAACGUUGAAACGGCGGUGAUGUUGAUGAAGAAUCUCUGUAUCAAUUUAGUCAGUCCAGAGUUUGAAGACGUGCGGAGGAUGAUAGUACAAGGAACACCAUCUCAGGAUCUACAUAUCAAAUCUGUUAAGCAUUUAAAAUAAAUGCAUUCCCCAGCUAUAUUAGUGUGUUAGGGAAGUCAAUUUUGCAUCCUCUUUUUUUCCUUUUUUUUAAAGUUGUUGGUACUAUACUAUGCAUAAUGCAUAAGAUAAACUUGGUACUUUUUUUUUUGUUGUUUUUUGUAAUAUAUGUUUUUAAUGUACAUAUAUGUUGGUGUAGGGCUUUUGGUCCAAGAAAUUUCGAAAUAAAAACAGGGUUUGUUUUAGUGGUAUAUAAAUAGGUUUGAGUUGUGUAUUGUCUCCAUAAUAAAAGAGGAAGUUUUAU